AUGCCUUACAACUACUCCAUCAGCCCCGAAGAUGCCUUUGGCUCUGACUCUCCCUGUAAUCUCGACAACUGCCCUAUCGACUGGAGUCUUUACGGCUACCGACCUUCUCUGGCCGCCAACAUCGUCUUUGUCGUUAUCUUCAGUCUCAUCGGCUUCGUGCACGCCUAUCUUGGCUUCCGAUGGAAGAGCUGGGGUUUCAUGACUGGUAUGCUUCUCGGCUGCGUCUCUGAGAUUGUUGGCUACGCCGGCCGCAUCAUGAUGUACUACAACCCCUUCUCCUUCAACGCCUUCAUGAUCCAGAUCGUCUGCCUUACCGUCGCUCCCGUCUUUUAUACCGCUUCCAUCUACGUCACUCUCUCCAAGACCAUCAACUUCCUCGACCCUACGCUUUCUCGCUUCAAGCCCAGUCUUUUCUACUGGAUCUUCAUCCCCUUCGACAUCGUCUGUCUCAUUCUCCAAGCUGCCGGUGGUGCCAUGUCCACCAGCUCCGACAGCAGCGUUGGUGUUGAUGUCUCCAUGGCUGGUCUCGUCCUCCAAGUCGUUGUCCUCGUUGUCUUCAUCGCCGUCUUCUCCGACUACAUGGUCCGAUAUUGGCGAUCCGGCCGGGCCAAGGCUUUUGGCUGGCGCAUGGUUGCUUUUUUCGCUGGCCUCUCUACUGCCAUCAUCCUCGUCCUCACUCGAUGCAUCUACCGUGUUGCUGAGCUCCGAGAGGGUUACGAUGGCGAUCUGAUCAAGCACGAGAUCCCCUUCAUCAUUCUCGAGGGUGUUGUCAUCGUCCUUGCUGCUAUCGCUCUUUGCUUUGGUCACCCCGGCCUCGUCUUCAACAAGACUGAGGUUACCAACUCUGUCUCGCAGACUGAGAAAGGUGUUACUUCCAGUUCUGCCAGUAACAACUAA